AUGGCGGCAGCCGAGCAAGCAUAUUCUGGAAAAAUCGCCAGUGCCAGUAGCAGCAGCAGGAGCAGCAGCCCCAAGACCGAUGGGCAGAUCCCGGCCAUUACUCCCCCGACAACAGCCACAUUGUCGGCAACCUCGUCUCCCACGUCGGGCAUCACGAUGCAGAAGCCUGCACUGCGCCAGGGACCCUCCGGAUUGACUUUACAGACCGCUAUCCUCGAACACGAGAAGGCUAAAAACCUUCUAGGCCGUCGCGAGGAAUUCAUUUCCGCCACCUCGCCCCAGCGACCCGGUGCCAGGGUCGUCAAGCCACAGAGCCAGGGCCUAGAUACGGAAGCACUAUCAGCCCCUGACAACGGUAAUCCGACGCCAACAAACAGCAGUGUCCCCUCCGCCUUGUCUGAAUCUCCUCCCCUCUGCGUGAGCAGCAUUCUUCCCAACACCAAGAUAGCACAUCCAAAGCCUAUCGCCGUGCCUGUCUCGGCUUCCAGCCCCCUCUCCCUCAGUCCUACUACUCCCUUACCGGAUCCGUCUAUCCGCUCCGGUGCCCCCAUUGGCAACAUCGCACGACUCGAGGCCACUGCAGAGAGACUCUCCACCGGCACCAGCUCGAUUGGCGAUGCGAUCCGCGAGCUGCAUGGCGAAUUAAAGCGAAGUGACAGCCGUCGAUCGUCCGUGCGCGCUGCCAGUAUCAGGACAUCCAACGACGACCAUUUUGCCAAUGUGCCACCCGUCCCUCCCUUGCACCGCCAUCUCUCCAGCGCAUCAUCUAUUCUCACUACGAACAUAGCCGCACGGCAAGGUGGCUAUUCUCCUGCAGGAUUCGUCAUGUCUCCUAGCCACUCCCUGACUGGCCGGCUUCGAUCCGGGUCCAAGAACUCGGCUGGCCGACCAGAGAUCGAUGUCGAGCCUCCUCUCUCCCGUCACGGACCGGGCAAGACCUCCGUCCGAAGUGUUCGCUCUGCCAAGAUGUCUCUGGCUGAGAUCUCCGAAUCCGAACCUAUAUCAUUAACCAAGGAUGCCCUCGAUGCCGCCGAUGCUGCCCCCCCGAUCGAAGCCGAAACCCUCGACACAAUCAGGCCCUCCGAGACCAACGAAGCACCUAAUAACCGUGCCAGCCGUAUCCUGGAAUCGGCGCUGGAGCUGGAGAUGAGCGAGCCCAACUUGGAUCUGGGCCUUACACACCCAGAAGACCAGAAACACCGGCCUGCUGAUGAGCCGGAGCGACCAGGCAGCGCGCACUCGUACAGCACCUUCCAGCAAGUCGGGGACGCCUUUGCCGACUUUGAUGGUGUGCACUGCGAAGAGGAUGGCACGUUUGACCGUGGCCACCAUCUGGAGGACCAGACGAUCAUGGAGGAAAUCCCCUUGGGCCAGGAAGAGAUGGAGCCGGUACCUCGUCAGCGUCGUCCUGAACGGGCUCGGCCGCAAUCCUAUCUUGAUCCUGAAUCGGGCCAACAGAUGUUAUUCUACCCAGCACGGGUUCCCGCGAUGCUUAAGCUUCCACCGAAGCUGUCCAACAAGCCCAAAACGACUGAUCGAGACAAUCGACGAUCACAGGUCCUGAGUGCCAUGCUGGACCCUAAUUUUAACUAUGAGGACUCUGAUGAUCCAGAAGCAGCGGGCCGCCAGGAGCCUCCUGUAAGAGACUCCUGGUUACCAGAUCCUCUUGCUGGUAACAGGGAAUCUUUCAUCGCUCUUACGACGAGUGCAGGCUUGAUCGAUGCCAAGGAAAUUGAGCCAGAGGAGGAACCGAUGCCCGCAGAGCCGGACUCGCAACACCUGCGUCGACCGCAGAAGAUUGGGCGAAAUAAAGCAGAGAACCGGAAGUCUCGACUCGAUAAGCUUCCGCCCCAACUGCGAGCGAGCGCCUUCUUUGAUUUACCGUCCACAUCACCCAAGAUGGAGGUCAAGGACGGCUCGGCCAUGGCCACUCUUGAUAGCAUGCUUGACGCCUCGAUGAACGCUCCCGUCAAUGCCUUUACUAACCAUGCAUUCGCGGGCCCUCUUGGGUCAGAGGUGUAUGGCAAGGAGAAGAAGACGAAGCCCAAGGCCACACCGAAUUCUCUGGCACCCCCAUCUCCACAGAAGGAGCCCAAGAAGAGGGCUUCCUUCCUUUGGUUCAAGCGCAACCAUAGCGAAUCAAAGAUCGACAGCAAGUCCUCGAUGGGCGAAGUGAAUAGUGACACUGACGCUCCUGAGACGGCAGGACUUGCAAGCAGUCACGGGGAAGACCACCCCGAGGACGAGGACCUGGAGGGUGAGGAGGAAGAGAGCGAGGAUGAACAGCCUGCUGGACCUCCAACAACGCUGCUCGCCGAACUUCAGCUACGCAAACAGCAACAGAAACAGCGAACCCAGCCCAUCAGCCAAAAGUUCCAGGAUGGCAUGCAUGCCACCUUGCUCGAGAUGGAUGCCGUGGCCGAGGUCGAGCGUAAGAACCGAAACAAGAAGCGUGUCAAUCUUGCCUGGGAGGAUCCAGGUGCUCACAACGACGAAAAUGGCUCCGACGACGAUGACGUCCCUCUCGCCAUCAUUGCUGCGAAACAUCAAGGUGCUAAAAAUAUGGCUGACCUCGAACGUCCCAUCGGAUUAUUGGAACGCCGUGAUAUUGAAGAUAAUGAGCCUCUUAGCCGAAGACGGGCACGUUUGCAAGGGAACGAUGCGAUUCCCAUGGCACUCCCCAAGCGCCAGAGUGUCGCAACCCUAACCGCCCACCUGACCAGUCCUUAUCUGCGGGUGCAGCCCCAGACACCGGGUAGCGUGUCCGAGCAUGAACCUACAGAGGAGGAGAUUGAAGGCGAGACUUUGGGAGAGAGGAAGCGUCGCCUGGACGCCAAGGAGCUCCCCAAGGCCCGACCCGUCAGCAGUGCCUUUUCAGCAGAGCUCCUGAGCCAGUUUGGUGAUCUGGAGGAGGCAACGAAACCCAGCACGGCCGAUGGUAGGACCAAGGAGAAUGGUGAGCCUGCGGCAAACCCGGAGGAAGAGACUCUGGGUGAGCGCAGACGUCGUCUUCAAGCCGAACGCAGAGCGCGCGAAAUCGAAAUGAGUCACAAUGCGCUGGUUGGCCCGCCCGAGCUCACCGUCAAUCGCCGGUUAAGCAUGGCUGAUAUGUUGUCUGCACAUCCCAAGAAGGAAGAGAACCCGGCCAGGCUCGAGAAGAUCAAGAUGGACCAGGAAGCCAUCGUUGCCCGCGAACGUGAGGCCAAGCUUGCGGCAAUGCGACAGCAGAUGCCCACAUCCAUGGCAGCACCCACUAUCGGCGGUUACCGUGGCGGCGUUUAUAAUGACGGACAUGGCGGUGGCAACACUGGACUUGGCCUUCAGGGUGCUAUGUCCACUCCUGCCCUCCUUGGGCAGACAUACGCUGGCAACACCCAACACAGAUCUGUCAUGGGACUCAGCUCCUACGGAAUGCCUGGACAGCAGCCUGGAUACGUACAUAACAACCCAUACGGUGGCAUGAACGGAAUGAACAGUAUGGGCAAUCUCAACCGGAUGACUAUGAAUCCAUAUGCCCAUAACAGCAUGCAUCAACUACCUAUGCAAACGCAACUCCCAAUGAACACAUCGUCGUCAAUGAACCGAGUCGACCAAUGGCGUCAUGGUGUUGUCCCCUAG